CCCAUCCAAACUUGAGGCUGUGGCUAAAGUUAGACGAGGAGACCCGGGGCUAUAUAAGCCCCCCGGAGGCGGGGGACCAACGCGGCUUCACCCUCUCCUCACUUUCUUCAUUGUUCCGAACCUCCGCUCUCAGCGUCUCGAGAUGCCACCCAAGAAACCCAAGAGGAGGCAGGCAGCCGGAGACAGCGGCUCCUCCAACGUCUUCUCCAUGUUUGAGCAGAGUCAGAUUCAGGAGUACAAGGAGGCCUUCACAAUCAUCGAUCAGAACAGAGACGGCAUCAUUAGCAAAGAUGAUUUGAGGGACGUUCUGGCCUCUCUAGGCCAGCUGAACACCAAGAACGAGGAGCUGGAGGCCAUGAUCAAGGAGGCCAGCGGCCCCAUCAACUUCACCGUCUUCCUCACCAUGUUCGGCGAGAAGCUGAAGGGCGCUGACCCCGAGGACGUCAUUCUUAGCGCCUUCAAGGUCCUGGACCCCGAGGGUAAAGGAUCCAUCAAAAAGCAGUUCCUCGAGGAGCUCCUGACCACUCAGUGCGACAGGUUCUCCAAGGAGGAGAUCAAGAACAUGUGGGCCGCCUUCCCCCCUGACGUCGCGGGCAACGUGGAUUACAAGAACAUCUGCUACGUCAUCACACACGGAGAGGAGAAGGAGGAGUAAGAAGACAGGAAGAAAGACGACAAAUCCCUUCGCUUGAUCCUGCCUUUCCCUUCUCUCCUUCCCUGCCUCCCUCCCUCCAUCCAUCCUACCCUCCGUGUGUACCCGUGGGGUCACGCCCCUGCCCUAUCCCCCUUUCUCUCAUCCAAAGCAGAGACUUGUGGGGGCUCACGGGAUGUCUGUGUCGGCUUAUGGGGGUAGAGGAGAUGAUUUUCAAUAAAACAUGACAUCAUCUUUUGCAUACGCCAGCCAUCUUCUUUCCACGCGUCCUCUCGAGACCACCCGGGGGAGGGGGGUCCUCAUUCCCAUUCCGAAGAGGUCCUCUGGGGCUGGAAGGGAUGAAACACAGAAGGGGGAUGAGGGACGUCCCCGAAAGAAAACAUUAAUGUCUUCGGCGACGUUUCCUCCUCUGCCUUGACAUCGGCGUGGUCGACUUCUUCCUCCGUAAGCUGGUCCACAACGUCCCGCCUCAUCCUUGCCUAUCCUCUGUACUGAAUAAAAAAAGGGACAAACUGUGAAUAAAACCUCUUUCCUUUUGUACAA